GAUUCUAGAGGCUACCAAGCACUAAAGCUGCCGGCUCGUUGUUCCUACGACUUCUCUCACACAAUCUCUCACUUGUUUUAAAGAGAAGAUCUUCCAUUUGCAGCUCUGCUUUAUGGCGAAGCGUCUGAUUCCUAGCCUAAACAGGAUCCUGGUGGAGAAGAUCGUCCCUCCUUCUAAGACCAAUGCGGGUAUUCUCCUUCCUGAGAAGACCAAUCAGCUAAACUCGGGGAAAGUGGUGGCGGUAGGACCAGGAACACGAGACAAGGCAGGGAAUGUCAUCCCUGUUUCCGUAAACGAGGGUGACACUGUUCUAUUGCCCGAUUAUGGUGGCACUCAAGUCAAACUCGGUGACAAAGAGUUCCAUUUGUAUAGGGACGAUGACAUUCUGGGAACUCUACUCGAUUGAUUAGUUGUGAUUGAUUCUCCUGAAAAAUGAUGAGCAUAUAGUAU